GUGACUGCGCGCCCCGCCUGAGCCGCCGCCGUCAUGCAGACCCCGGCGGUGCUCGUCACCUCCAGGAGAGUUCAGAAUGUCCACACGGGCCUCGACCUGACUGUGCCCCAGCACCAGGAGGUGCGGGGCAAGAUGAUGUCUGGCCACGUGGAGUACCAGAUCCUGGUGGUGACCCGGCUGGCUGCGUUCAAGUCGGCCAAGCACAGGCCCGAGGAUGUCGUCCAGUUCCUGGUCUCCAAAAAGUACAGCGAGAUUGAGGAGUUUUACCAGAAACUGAGCAGUCGCUAUGCUGCAGCCAGCCUCCCCCCACUCCCCAGGAAGGUCCUGUUUGUCGGGGAGUCUGACAUCCGGGAAAGGAGAGCCGUGUUCAAUGAGAUUCUGCGCUGCGUCUCCAAGGAUGCUGAGUUGGCGGGCAGCCCAGAGCUGCUAGAGUUCUUAGGCACCAGACCCCUGGGGACUGGCGGUCUCACCAGCAGAGAGUCCUCUGUCCUGGAUGACACAGACACCCGGGCAGGGGAUGACGAGGAGGCUUUCGACUUCUUUGAGCAGCAGGACCGAGUGGCGGUUGCGGGGCCGCCCAUCCUGAGCCCAGAAGGAGAGGACGCAGAGAAGCCUUUGGAAGAGGAGGAAGAGGAGGAGGAGGUUUUGGAUCCACUGGGCAUCAUGCGUUCCAAGAAGCCAAAGACAUGCCCUGCAGUGACUGCAAAGCCCAAGCUCAGGCCCUCACCCCGGCUCACCAUCUUUGACGAGGAGGUGGACCCUGAAGAGGGGCUCUUCGGCCCAGGCAAGAAGCUCUCCUCCCAGAGGCCCUCGGAGGAUGCACACAGAGACACCCUGAAGCUAUUUGACGAUCCUGACCUUGGCGGGGCCGUUCCCCUGGGUGACCCCUUACUGCUGCCAGCCACCCCUGAGAGUGUAGGCCCUAUGUCCAGCUUGGGCCGUGUGGACGCCUCCGAGGACCUGUUCAGACUCGCCCCAACCCCAGGCAGCUGCUCUCUCCAGACAGCCCAGCUUGGGCUUGUCCCUCUGUGCCUAGGAGGACCCCGAGAAGGACCCCUUUUGUCCACUUCUCCACUGUGCAGGGUUGAAGAAGACUUGGACCAGAUCCUGAACCUGGGGGCUGAGCCCAAACCCCAGCCCCAGCCCCAGCUCAGGCCCAGACCCCAGCCCAGGCCCAAGCCACUGGUGGCAGCCAAACCAGCGCUCCCCAAGAAACCAGCUGUUCCCCCCAAAGCGAGCCUGUCUGAGGCUGUGGCUGGGCAGCAGAGACAGCAGGUGCAAAUCCAAGCCAUGGAUGAGGUGGACAUCUUGCAGUACAUCCGGGACCACGACACACCUGCCCAGGCUGCCCCCAGCCUCUUCUGACACCUCCAGCCCCACUGGCCACAGGCCUGGCCGGCCUUCCCGUGGAGCGUGUGAAUGACAGGGACCGUGCCUUGUCGGGCCAGGACCUGCGCUCCCAAGGGAGGGAGCCGGAAGUCUGGUCACAGCACCCAGUACUGCUUUGGUCCCUUUUCUCCAGGGCCAUUGGGUCAAAGUGGAACCUCUGUAGGGGGCAGAGAGCAGAGGUCACCAUGGGAAUUGGAGCCCACAUUGUGUCUGUCCCCGUGGGUGAGGAAGGGAGAGUAAGAGUUGGGGUUAGAUGUUUAAAGCCCAGCCCCAGGACAGAGUGAGAUGCGUGGGGCCCUGGGAGGUGGCACGUUGGCAGGGAAACCUCUGUCUACUGGCUCUGCUUGUCCCACCCAGCACGGGAGGGAGGUUCAGCUGGCCUGGUCUUGGGCUGGGAGUCUGCUAGACGUGGCUGCCAGCGACCUGCAGGCUUUUAGCGGGUCUCCCAGGGCAGGGACACUGAGUGGGAGAGCAUGGCUGACCUACUCUGAGCCUCCUCUAGUUACCAGCUCUAGGGCAGAGAUCAGGCCUAGCCCUGACUCUCUGGGGUGUAGGGGCCCCACUGCGAGGCCCCAGGUCUUUGUCCCUCUCUCUUUCCCAGGAAAUACCCAGCCAGCCUGUGGCCUCCUUGGGCCUCUGACCAUGGAGCCAACAUCUGCCCUCGCAGCUCUCAGUAAAGUGGCUCAUAGCAUCCCCCAGAGCUUGGUCCAGCCUGGGCUCGGGGUGGGCUGGAGGCCGCCUCCAGAGGGACACAAUGCUCUCAGGUGCUGCUUUGAGGCCUUCUCUGUCCUCUGAUCUGGGCUUGCUCAGCAGCCUUUCUCCAGGAGCUGAGUGCCAGGGCCUGACAGUGCCUUAGAUGUCUCCUAGAUCCCUGAGCCCCGCACCAGGUCCAAGCCCCACAUGGUGCUCGGGAAAUUCUCAGCAAGUGAAUGAUGUUUAUAGAGUGAAGAAUGUCAGGGUGUCUUUCUUGGAUCUUUCCUAUUCAGAGCUCAUUUUUAAUGAAAGGCAACAUCUACUGUUCCUUGGUUCUGUCCCACCUUAAAGAGAGACACUGGCUGGGGUUGUGACCAGGCCCCCAGACCCUUCCCCAGUUAGGGACCAGGUGCCCACCAAGUUGGAGGGUGUCCCCAGAUCCUGCCCUGUGCCUGGACCUGCAGGGCCGGGGCCGGGAGCAUCGAGUCCGACCUGUCCCCAUCCUUCCUCCUGCGCCUGGUCCUGCAUAGGCUGUCCCCCACAGCCCACACACACGUGCCUGUGCUUGAGUGACAGGGACCAGGUAGUUCUGGGGCUGAGAUCCAGGGUCCUCCCGCUCCUCUCGCCCCAGGCUCAGAGGGCCCUUUCCCCCUUCCCUUUCACCGUAGGCCUUCUCUGCACCCCUCAGUCACACCUGGCCUGGGGCCUGCCCCCCAGCUGACUCCAGCGAAAGGAAGGCCAUGGGGUUGGGUCUUCCUUGGAGAAGGGGCUGCUCUCCCUUGGACUCCCCUUCCCAUUCUCUGUGGAGCAGCAGGGAGCAGCCCAGUGGGAGACCAUGGGGGCUGGUCCCCAGCUGGGGUCAUUGGCAGCCCCUGGUGUGCCUCAUCCAGGGUCCAGCCUCCCUGGUGCAGAUUUGUGCCUCCCGUUGUCCACCACAGCUCUGUGACCUGCUGGCCAGUCGGUGACACCCAGUCGUCCAAUAAAGCCUGUGUCCAGACCCA